AUGGCUCCCAUCUCUAUCGCAGAUAUCGUCUCCUCCCUCCCAUCCGGAGAGGAAUGGGGCCCCCCCACGUCGACCGAGAACACCCUCGAUGGCGUUCCAUAUGCCCCCUUCUCCAAGGGUGACAAACUUGGCCGCAUGGCUGAUUGGACCUCUGAAGGCAAAGAUCCUCAGCGCGGUGGCCGUCAAAAUUACAACCGCAAUUUCCGUGACCAACAGGUUUAUGGUGCUGGCUCUUCCAGUCUUUUCGCCAUCCAGGUUGCCGAAGACGAGUCUUCUUUCUCCGUUGUCGAUAACGCUCGCACAUCCGCUAAACCCAGAGGCUUUGGACGCGGUGGCGGCACCAUUUUCCGAGGACGUGGCCAACGCGGCGCACUUCAACGUGGUGGAAGAGCUGGUUUCCAGAGAGUCGGUGCUGGCCGUGGGCAAGAUCGCGGCUAUGACCAGCGCGGCGGUGGCCGUGGUGGCCGUGGACGCCGCUUUGGCUGGAAGGACUAUGACAAGCCGCAGCGCAACCGUGACAGCUCCGUCAACAUUCGUCCGGAGUGGGCUGUCCUCGAGGAAGUCGACUUUAACCGCCUGUCCAAGCUUCAUCUCGAAUCACCUGAUGGCGAGGAUCUUGAGAACUACGGUUUCCUUUAUGCGUACGACCGAUCAUACGACAAGCCCCCUGUGAAGGGUACUGAACGCAAGCUUCAGUCUCUCGACCGCGCUGCCUACAACGUGACCACCUCAUCUGAUCCCGUUAUUCAAGACCUCUCCGAGAAGAACGAAGCGACCGUUUUCGCUACUGCCGACAUCUUGUCUAUGCUCAUGUGUGCCCCUCGCAGUGUUUACUCGUGGGAUAUUAUCAUUAUCAAACAGGGCGACAAGAUUUACUUCGACAAGCGCGACGGUGCCUCUAUCGAUCUAGUCACAGUCAAUGAGAAUGCUGCAGAUGCUCCUCUCGAGAUUUCGGAAACCGGCGCCAAGCAGGAAACUCUCAACAGCCCCGGCUCUCUUGCCCUGGAAGCCACUGUCAUCAACCACAACUUCGCUCUCCAGACCGUUCUCGAGUCCUCCAAGGACAAGGUCGAGUUCCCCAACCCCAACCCGUUCUACAACGCGGCUGAAGAAACCGAGCCUCUUGCCUCAAAGGCCUACAAAUACCGCCGCUUCGACCUGUCGCUUGAGAAGGACGAAGAGCCCCUUAACCUGAUUGUACGAACUGAAGUCGACGCUGUGGUCAAGGGUACUUCAGGUCCAGACCAGCACAUUGUCAUCAAGGCCCUUAAUGAGUUUGACCACAAAGCCCAGGGCUCAGGUGGUGCUCUUGAGUGGCGUACCAAGCUGUCGUCGCAGCGCGGAGCCGUCGUUGCCACUGAGAUGAAGAACAACAGCUGCAAGCUCGCCCGAUGGACCACCCAGGCUAUUCUGGCCAAGGCCGACCACAUGAAGCUUGGAUUCGUGUCUCGAUCCAACCCACGCUCCUCUGCGUCGCACGUCGUGCUUGGCGUUGUGGGCUACAAGCCUCGCGACUUUGCCACCCAGAUGAACUUGAACCUGGGCAACGGAUGGGGUAUUGUGCGUACCAUUGUUGAUCUUAUUCGCAGCCUUGAGGAUGACGAGGAGGACGAAGCAAGCCCCAAGAAAUAUGUUCUUGUCAAAGACCCCAACAAGUCCGUUAUUCGCCUGUACAGCGUGCCUACCAACACGUUCGAGGACGACGACAACGCCGUCGAGGAGCCCGAGGAGAAGAUUGAGGAGGAAGAAGAGUAA